CCUGGACUGAGCUGCACGAGCGGCCAGAAGAGUCAGUCCCACAGCUGGAGACCACACUGCUUCACACGGACCUGCUUUAACUGCUCACAGACUGACGAUUCAACCUGAGAGACCCGUUUGAGCGGAACGAGACAGCACCAUCAUGAGCAGAAGAACACGGCGCUGGAUCCUUCACAUGUUCCUUUGUCUCGGAAUAAUCUACUUCAAAAUGGGGCGGUUCUCCACCGUGCUGGCGCUGGGAGCGAGCAUCAUAUGUAACCGGAUCCCGGGUCUGGCGCCCAGGCAGCGCAUCAUCUGUCAGAGCCGGCCGGACGCGCUCAUCGUGAUCGGACAGGGCGCACAGAUGGGGCUCAACGAGUGCCAGUUCCAGUUCAGACACGGCCGCUGGAACUGCUCCGCGCUCGGAGACAGGACCGUCUUCGGGAAAGAGCUGAAAGUGGGCAGUAGAGAGGCAGCGUUCACGUAUGCCAUCAUGGCAGCAGGAGUGGCUCAUGCCAUCACAGCCGCCUGCACGCAGGGAAACCUCAGCGAAUGCAGCUGUGACAAAGACAAGCAGGGCUUCCACGGGCACGCCGACGGAUGGAAAUGGGGCGGCUGCUCGGCAGACAUCCACUACGGCCUGGGCUUCUCCAAAGUCUUCAUGGACGCUAGAGAGAUCAAACACAGCGCCAGGACACUUAUGAAUCUGCAUAACAACGAAGUAGGCCGAAAGGUCCUGGAGAGGAACAUGCGGCUGGAGUGUAAAUGUCACGGUGUGUCUGGAUCCUGCACCACCAGAACCUGCUGGAUGACCCUCCCCAAGUUUCGUGAACUCGGCUACAUCCUGAAAGACAAAUACAGCCGCGCCGUCCAUGUGGAGCCGGUCAAGGCCACGCGCCACAAACGACCCACUUUCCUCAAGAUCAAGAAGCCCUACUCGUACCGCAAGCCCAUGGACACGGAUCUGGUGUACAUCGAGAAAUCACCCAGCUACUGCGAGGAGGACCCUGUGACCGGCAGCGUGGGCACUCAGGGCCGGGUGUGCAAUAAGACGCUGGUGCACCAUCCCAACGGCUGUGACCUGAUGUGCUGCGGCCGCGGAUACAACACACACCAGUAUUCACGCGUCUGGCAAUGCAACUGCAAGUUCUUCUGGUGCUGCUACGUCAAAUGCAACACUUGCAGCGAGAGGACAGUGGUGCACACAUGCAAAUGAGCGAUGCUUUUGCACAAGACCUUACUUCAGACUCACUUUAAUGGAAAAUCGUCAAGAUUGUCAAAGCUUUACUCUGGAGAAAGAAUUGCGUGGGAAGGAACGUGGAACUAAAAGUGUAAAUGGCUGUACCUUUGAUGCUUUCCUUGCUUUCUUCGAUAAAUCCUGAAGCUGUCUGGAUUAAAAUCAGGCUCUCUGUAAAACCCAUAACACUGACCUGCACCUUGAUUUUACCAGAGGAGCUGCUGAGACAUGGACGUCUUGAGGCAUGCAGCAAGACAUUGACAAACAGAGCAAAACAGCAGGUUCCAGAAGUAGAGGAGAGGACUUUCUUCUCACGUUCUGCGUCAAAUCAACCCAGGUCCAAAAAUAGUGU